GAGCAUGUUAUAAAACCAGACACACGCACAUUCCAGCUUCACCCCUCACUAUUCACAACUUCAGCAACUGUCAGCUGUAGCAGUUCAUUCUGAAAUCAUGGCUAAGGACAUGACUCUCCUGUGGGGCUCUGGCUCUCCCCCAUGCUGGAGGGUGCAGAUCGCUCUGGAAGAGAAGAACCUGCAGGGCUACAACCAAAAAUUGCUCUCCUUCGAGAAAAUGGAGCACAAGUCGAAGGAAGUCAUGGACAUGAAUCCCAGGGGGCAGCUUCCUGCCUUCAAACAUGGAGACAAGGUUCUGAAUGAGUCCUAUGCAGCGUGCCUGUACCUGGAGAGCCAGUUCAAGUCCCAGGGAACCAAGCUGAUCCCUGACUGUCCUGGAGAGGUGGCCAUGAUGUACCAGCGCAUGUUUGAGGGUCUUGCACUUGGUGACAAAACGGGCAACGUUAUCUACUAUAACUAUAAGGUCCCAGAAGGAGAGAGACACGACUCUGCCAUCCAGAGAAACAGAGAGACUCUCACUGCUGAGCUGAAGCUGUGGGAAGGAUAUCUGAAGAAGGAUUGCUGCUGCUAUAUGGCAGGGAAGACCUUCUCCUUGGCUGAUGUUGUCCUGUUUCCAGCUGUUGCUUAUCUUGUGCGCUUUGGGUUAUGUGGCGAGCGUUACCCCAAACUGACAGCUUACUAUAACUGUGUGAAGGACAGACCCAGCAUCAAAGCCACGUGGCCUCCCACCUGGGUGGACACCCCAGGACAGGACUUACUGAAGACCAUCUAAGAUUCCAGCAACAAGCAGCUGACACACUGAACCUGCUCCAGUUGUGUAUUAUGUAACCACUCCUUGCUUUGCACUACUCUGGCUGUGUGCAUUAGAAAAAAUGUACAUUUGCCGUUACUGCGGUUAUAACUUUAGUAACAGAACUUGUUUGUGACUGACACUGCAAAUGAGAUUUUUAUGCUGCAAACUAAAGCAAUAAAAUAACUUUGAACUCUG